AUGGCUACUACGAUAGAUGUAAACAGCACACUCUCUCUUUCUGACACAUCUAAAGGAAAUUGUCGUUAUAUACCGUGUCGAAUACACUUUGAUGGAAAAGCAAAGGUAUCUGAUUUCUUCCAAAAAACAAUAUGUGACGAAUCAUCAAAUGGAAAUAAAGAACUUGCUGCCACAUUCAGAGGACGACCUUUAAAUGGGGUAGAAGUAAACUUGCCAUCUGGAUUUACGGGUUUAGUAUUAAAAGAACAUCACAAAAGAACAACAGAAGAUGAAGAGAGAAAAUUGAUAGCUACACACUCAUUUGAUAAAUUUACACACUGGAAUUUAGACAAACAACCAACUUCUGAUGAUUUGAUACAAAGGGCCUUGCAAUGGGUUGACAUCUCCUCCGCUCUGCAUAAACCAGUCAAAAUGGACUCUGAUCAAAGUAGCAGCCAGACAAGCAUGAAGGGACAUUAA